UUCACCACUAUCUGCUCUCAAGGCUUUGCACUGCACACUGCUUCCUACUGUCUGCCACCACAGCACAGGAACAGGUGACCACAUCCAGCCAGAACCAUGCAGUCUGCCGAGGCCAAAUUCAACAAAAACAGCCUUCUCUUGGCUCUGAGACGAUACAGCUCAGCCGUCAGCGACAUGGAGCAGACCAUUCUCCUGCCGAGCCUGCUGCGAGAUGUGCCCUCUGAUGAUGUGUGGGACAGUGAAGCAGCAGAGGAGUCAUGCGGAGACCUGUACAGAAACUACGUGAUGCUCAAAGCCAUAAGAAACACAGUGGAGAGUGGCCUAGUUCCCCUGGAUGACCACAAGACCAAGAACAGCACAGCAUUCAACAAGACCCUGGAGCCUCUCUUGGAACCUGAAGCCCUCUUCCGCUUCCACCUGAGAGGACUGUUUUCUGUGAUGAGCGACCUCACCAAGAAGACUCAGAGCCUUACUGAGAAAUAUAUGGACAUUAUUGGAGUGGCAAAUUAGAAAACAGCAUAUGUGGACAUCAAACAAAACAUCAGGUGUCUGUUUAAAUGUGGUAUAUAUAGUCACUUGAAAAUCUUAAAUCUCUGAACUGUUUACAUUCAGUGACCCCAAUGUCUCAAACUAAAAAAAUGUGGAACAAAAUGCAUUGCCAAAACUGAUCAUUUCCAUCUCUAUAUUUGCUGACUGUAAAAGCCCCUUGGAAACUAUGGUUUGAAGAUGUAGCAAAAAUAUUGAUUGAUUAAAUUAUAAUGGAAACAUUA